AUGCCGCCCCCUGUCUUGAUAUUUUCCCUCGAUCACUUCGCCAUGGCCUUUUGGCCGUGUUGCUGCGCGAUGGAAAGUAAAUGGCUUCCUCAGCCUCGCGCCGGAAGUCUUUCUGACGAUGUUCACAAUGGACCUUGGUGGCUGGGACUCGCUAACAGCGGCGUGCGGAACUACAUCCGAAUAGAUAGCCGCGAAUGGCAACUUCGCGCCGAGGGCUCUAGGAAGCAGCUUUUCGACUGGCUCGCCUACGCGGACCUGCUUUGGACACUCGAGACGUGUUUGCUUUCAUUCUAUAGGCGCCUCGAUAGCGGCGUGAACAGUAUGCCCCCAGAUAUUAAUCUGGAGUUCGCUUUGAUAACCGUUACGCUCUUGGGAACCCUCUUCAUGAUUAUCUCUAGGCGUUGGUCUAUUAGCAAGCACUGGCAGGUCCCCGACCCGAGGAAUAUCUGCCAGCCCGUGGUAUCAAGGUUUCAGGCCUGGACCUUGAUCUGCACCAGCAUCCUGACCGACUUCUGCAUAACGACCAUCUAG